AUGUUCCAGAUCCUCUCUGGCGUCAACUACCUGCACUUGCAGAAUAGUGCACACAACGACAUCAAGACCUCGAAUGUUCUCCUUUUCGAGGAUGGCUCCGUAAAACUGACAGACUUGGGAAGUGUGGGAGAGCACUACGAAGGGUAUGGCACCCCGUUAUACGCCGCACCAGAGCUGUGCAAGCAUUUCUAUGGCUUACUGCAAGGGAAUUCCAGUGACGACGAAAAGAAUAGUGGCAUGAAAGAGGGAGAUUUAGAUGGUGAACGCGGCAAUGUCGCGGGCCGAGGUCAGGGACCACGCAAUCAAAGACUGUUUGGGAUCGACGCCAAGAAGUGUGAUAUGUGGUGCUGUGGUCUGGUCCUUUACAAGCUUCUCACCGGCAAGGACGGUCCAUUGCCAGUACACCAAAAGAACUAUUCUGGGCGAUAUAAAGAUCCCAACAGCGACCUUGAUGAUAAUGGUGUAACCCCUCUGUCGCCGAUCAACUGCUUUCAACUGUAUUAUGAAAUAGCUUCCCAAGAAAAGCCUGUGUGCUUAGAUGAUCUUCCAGACCUCAUCAUUGAAACCGUGGGGGCCGCACGGGUGCCGGUGAACGGCUUCGCGGGCAAAUACCCACCCAACAGCGUCCGUAACCUCCUCGAGGGACUUCUGGCGAUCGAACCAGACAAGCGCCUCACCUCCCAGGAAGCCCUAGCGCACCCGUGGAUCACAUCGUUAUUAGAGAUCAUCCAGGCUUCCUCUGGACUGAGGCGGCCGCCGAACUCCCACGAACACGGCGGUCAACGGGGAUCCGCGUGGCGCUCCGUGGAGGAGGCCAUCCGACGCGGCAUCGCCCACGAGGUGCUGCAAUCGCGGCAGGUACGGAAAAUCCUCAAAAGGGACAACGAAAGCCACCUCCAGUUUGUCGCGGACUGCUGUAAUAUCCUGAACGUCAACAUCCCAGAUGAGGUCUUCAAGCCCUUCGGUACCGAGCCCUAUGAGAACAACUACUACAGCGGGAUGUGGGGAAGGGGCGUGAGCGUGCCGCGACCGCAGAGCUCCUCGGCCGUUCCCACCGCCGCGGAUGGGGAAGGCCAGGUAAGAGAGGCCGUGAUGGGCACCUUAGUCCGCCCCAACCUCCCGAGGGUGAUGCCGCGGGGCUGUGUGGACCCCCACCUCUUCCUCCCUUUCGACGAGGCCAACUACUACGAGCGGAAGAGCGGGAAGAAGGGCUUUGACGUCCGGUGCCUGCUCGGGCAGACCUCCAAGGUCGCCCGGCUCGAGGAGUACCUCCAUAACGUCGUUUUGGUGAAGUGUGGCUACCGGGAGGGGCCGGAUCCGGCCUUUGAGGCCGCCGCCCGCGGGGCCCUCGGCUUCCUUCCUCGGCUGCGUUACCACCUCGGCUCUCUCGGCAGUGAGGUGGGCUGUCUGUACAGCACCCCAUCGCAGAGUAUCGCGCCGACGAUGGUCUUCCGGAGUGGUCAACCCCGCGGCUCUCCUAGUGGGGAGGCUUCUAGCCGGUCAUUAUUGUUACCUCAUGCGCAUGAGGAUUCUAAACACGGUGGGGCCCGCGGUUCAACUUCCACGACGGCCCUUCGACCCCAACCCACCCAGGGGAGGGAGGGGGAACGACAGCACAUCGCGGCAGGGAUCGUCAUGACAUCAGGCCCCCCGGGCAACACUGGGAGGAGAGGGGGAGGAGACGCGGGUACCCAACGAGGGGCAGCGAAUGAGGCUCGUCAAAUCAUCAACAGACAGCGGGUCACCUCUGGGGUGUAUCAGGGGUCUGAAAGGGAAGGCAUCGAGGCUGCCGCGGAGAGCUCCAAGUGCUUCUGUGGGUUAGGGUAA